CUUCCAGUUUAUUUUUACAUUCCAGUCUCUUAUUCAAAUCAGUGCAUGGUUGCUAGGGUAAUUUGCACCCUGGUAAACAAAUGCUACUGAAUACAAAGAUAAUUAUCUUCAAAACCACAAAUAAAAACCAAUUGCAAAUUGUCUCAGAAUAUCACUAUCUACAACAUCAUACGAAAAUGAACUCAAAUGUGAAGAACCCCUUUAAUAUGAUACUGUAGCAUUCUUAAAAUCUACAGGAAAAUGUCAGUAUAACUAGGCAAGAAAGGCAAAAAUAAGUGUGUGUGUGAUCUGUGCUGCCCCAAGUUUCUGCCCCUUUAUCGCUGGAGGAGGACAGUGCAAGCCCUAAAGACAGCAUUCAGGUACUGGAGGCGCAGUGCAUGCUGGGAGCGCUUCCCAACCAAUAUGGCGUCUCGCUGACAGUUUAGGAGCUGCUAUGGUCCUAUUUGCCGGCUUGUGUGCCACCUGAGGGAAUCGGAGGGGACACCGAAACGACUGGAAGCGUACAUUCAAUCCCUUGCAGCGCCGAGCAACCUUGUGGGGUUUGUUUUCUCAGACUGGCCCUAGUCUCCAGCGGGUGAUGCUGCGGGUCACUGGCUGUCAGUGAGCAGCUGAGUAUGAGGGAGCGGCCCGUGUAGUUCAGACAGAAGGAGGGAUAUGGGGUCGGCGGCUGCAGGGGACUCGGCUCAGUGGCUGUCGGUGAAAGAAGAGACCAUCUUUUUACAUGAUGGACUGAUCCGGGUCACGGACCUGGCGGAGUUGCCCAGCGAAAUCGGGGUCAGUGAGACCGGGGACGCAGAACUGGAGAUAUUGACUUUUGAGACCAAGAACCCCACUGAGAUAGCAGAGCAUUUACGUUCAGUAUGUGGAAACCAGAGCAAUGCUUAUGCACGAUUGCUGGAAUACCGCUUGAAUGCAUUACGUGGGUUAUGGAAUGCCCAACGCCAGCUGGCUCUUGAGGAGCAACAUGAAAGAGAUGGAGCUGAUGAGGAAACCUUGGCCCUGCUUAAGCGGCAGGGCUUGUUGCAACAGCCAGAACAGGCUCCGUUUACAUCUCGAAUGGGGCUUUUACUGGUGUUCCCGCUUAUCCAGUCCCAAAGUAAAACAGACCCUUCACUUUGUAACUUGACAGCUGAGGUGCUUUUAAAUUGCCUUCGGGACUGCCAACCUCUGAGCUUGACUAAAGAACCAGCUGACUGCCUGAAUGGAAUAGAGUCCUUACUGUGUUCCUGGUUAGAAGACACCCCAAAUGUGGGCCAAGAAAUCUCCUUCAAGCAAAAGGAAAAUUCUGCUGCUGCUUUGGUUGCCUUAGCUUGUGCUAGGGGAUCAUUAAAAACAUUUAUUCACACUGUACACUUGCUGCAAAAACAGACCGAUCUAGGAUCCCUUCCUGUGGCAGAUGUGUUGUAUAGGUUGCUGCUUUUAGAAGGUGGACCGGGUUCCCUGUCUUGUUUACUGGGAAGCAAACACAUUGUAUCCUGGGGUUUUGAGGAUAUGCUUCCAGCUCCUGAUGGGAUCAGUGGUUCAAACAAUGAGAACAAAGAUGCAGACUUGGGUCGCUGUCUAGCAUGCGAUGGGCUUUAUCUGUACACCACUAACUCUGUGGGCAGAGGAUUAAGCAAAGUAGGGUCUGGGCUGCAUGGCACUUUACGAGGUUUUGUUUAUUCUCGAAAUGAGGAACUAGAAGCUGGCUGGAUCGCUUAUGGAAGCGGGAAGAUACUUCACAGGCCGGCAUCAUUUGAUAACAAACCUCAAUAUCUUUUCCAGUUAAUUGACCAAUACACGCUUCAGGUCUCUCAGAUAGUCAACAUGCCAGCCAAUCAUUUUCCCGUUGGUAGCAAUAUGACUACAGUGCACCUUUCUUCAGAUGGCACAUAUUUUUACUGGAUUUGGUCUCCAGCUAGUUUGAAUGAGAAGACCCCCAAAGGGCACUCUGUCUUCAUGGACAUAUUUGAGUUAAAUGUGCAAAAUGGUGUAGGCAUUGCAAGCCCUCUUCAUGAGCGCAUUAUAUUAAUGAGAAAAGAGGGUGAAUCUGCUAAAAGUAUUAAUGAAAUGCUUUUGAGCAGAUUAUCAAGGUACAGAGCUUCUCCUUCAGCUACUCUAGCUGCACUUACGGGAUCUACAAUCUCGAACACUCUAAAAGAGGACCAGACUGCUGCAAAUACAAGCUGUGGUCUUCCUUUAAAAAUGUUAAGAAAGACUCCAAUGUAUACCUGUGGCACAUACUUAGUACUACUUGUACCACCUCUGGGAGGAUCAGGUAGCUCAGCAACAAGAUCUUUGUUUGGUGGAACCAGUGGCCUCUCCUCUCUAAAAAUUCUGGCUUCCAGCUUGGUAUUUAAUAUUUCUGAUGGGCAGUUCACUAAUAGAGCAGAUCUUAUUGAUGCCUCUGGAAGUUCUCUUGGACGUGGUGCUCUGGUCACAGGACUAGGUGCAUGUUAUGAUACAAUGAACAACAUGAUCUGGACAUGCUCCAAUGAUUACAUUGAUCAGUGGUGUAAUCCUGGAAAUCAGGCUUUCCAUGUGGUGUGUCAGAGACUUGGAGUCACUCACAUCAUCGAUGAUCCUAAAGGAGAAGCAGUAUCAACAAAUGAAGUUAUAAACCAACUGCUUCACCAUGUAGGUGCUAUGUGUAUUCAUCAACUCAAUCUUUUGGCUACUAGCAACUGUUCUCCAAUCAGUACCUUUCUUGGCAAACAACAUCCUAUAGAGCCACACCAUCUUAACAGUAUAUGUGACAUCAUGGAGAAAGCCAUGGUCAAUGGUGAUAAAUGCAUUAUUCGCUGCAUCUUGGUUGUUUUCCAGGUGGUAUUUAAAUUCUUUCUCAACCCCCAAACUGAGAGGAAUCGUGAAACAAUAAGGAGGGCUGGCUUGCUUCUUUGGCAGUUACUCAUGGCGCCUAAGGACCAAAUUUGUCCUGAAAUACAGAGAGAGGUCUGCUUAGCUAUUAGCUUUGGUUUAAACAUUUUGAAUCCAGGAGAGGUUGAAAUCAAUAACUUGCUCAAGCUUAUUUUAACUGAAGGGGACAGAAAUUGUGGCCUCUCCCAGCUCCGCGAUGUCAUUUUGACAAACCUCACUGAGCAACUUCAAAAUAACAGGUUCGGAAGUGACGAGGAUGAACAUUACAGGCUUAAUGAUGAACUAUUGCACUAUAUUUUGAAGAUUGUUGUUCGCGAAUCAUGCAUUCUGAUCACCAAGUGCCAAACCGUGUCUAAAGAAGAAUUCCAAAGACUCUUGUCAACAGUGCCUGUGGCUUCUCCAUGUCUAUGCUAUUUAAUGGCUGUACAGAAUCAUCUCCUGAGUAACACUGUCCUAGUAAAACCUGAUGACAGUGAUGACAGUGACAGCUCCCUGCAGGGGGAGACAUUGAAGGUACAGGAACUCCAGGCCAGCAUCUUAGCUUUGGCAACCCAGAUACUUUCUGGUUGUGAUGAAGUCCUGGAUAUGCUGCAGCGAGUCACCACUGCUCUUCUCAACAGUGACCUCUUAGACAGAGACUUUAGACUGAAAGGCCUUGAACAGAUCACAAAAUCCACCAUGCUUGGCCAUCUCCUCCCAGUACUUCUCACAUCCCUUAUGCAUCCAAACUUACAGACAUUAACCAUGGCAGAUGCACUUAUGCCUCAGCUGGUGCAGCUUGUUCUUUACACUAGCCAGACUGCACUGCUGCUGAAAACGCAGUGUCCAGUAUUGGCAGAUCCAGGGGACACCCCCGGUGGAAUUCCAGAGCCAAAAACUAAAUUGUUAACUGAUGACAGGAUGCUAGAUGAAAAGGAAGAGCCUGGUUUCCUUACUGGGCUAAAGAUUCCUGCUCCAUGGGCUGCUGGAAAGACUGUGGAAACAUCUCAUCCAGUCAGAGACAAUUACAAGUUUAAAGAAACUGUACAUAUUCCUGGAGCUCGUUGCUUGUACCUCCGGUUUGACAGCAGGUGCUCUUCACAGUACGAUUACGAUAAGCUGGUGAUAUACGCAGGACCCAAUACAAACAGCAGGAAAGUUGCUGAAUAUGGUGGAAAUACCUUGGGGUAUGGAAGUAGGAGUGUUUUAGGCACAGGCUGGCCAAAAGAUUUGGUUAAGGUGGAAGGUGAUACGGUGACGUUCUCCUUUGAAAUGAGAAGUGGGCGUGAACACAACACUCCCGAUAAAGCAAUGUGGGGUUUCGCCUGCACUGUAAGAGCUCAGGAGUCCUCAGAAGAUGUAUCAGGCGGCUUGCCAUUUCUAGUUGACCUGGCUUUAGGGCUGUCUGUUUUGGCUUGUUCCAUGCUGCGUAUAUUGUACAAUGGUCCAGAGAUCACAAAAGAGGAAUUGACUUGUCAUGAUCUGUUGAGGUCAAAACUUUUGCAGAGGUGUCAGUGGCAGGUGGAGGCUAAUGGUGCUUUAUCCCCAGCACUCACCCCAAGCCCUUCUCCGCUGCCUCUUACUAUAGAAGAAGACAGAGAAUUCACAUAUCCAUCUGACAUCUUGUUGCCGCCAGUUGGGAACUAUUUUGAACUGCCAAGAAUCAGACUGCCUCCUGGUAUUAUGUUCAAGCUCCGGGAAAUAUCUGGACGUGCACGACCACAGUUCAGACCAAGCAUAAAAGAGGUUAUCCAGCCUGAUGUGAUGGAAGAAAUGGUUGUAUCUUCCGUCAUUAAACACUUAAACUUGGUUGAUGCCUUGCAGUCUUUAAUAAACUUUCAAUAUCGAGAGGAACAUCAAGAAGAAUAUGAUUUAUUGUGUAAAAUUAUGGGGGAAACUUUUAAGAAGCUCAAUGCAAUGGAAAGACAGUUGCAGAGUGUUGCAGAACUUGAACAAAAGUGGCAAAGUGAAGUGGAUGAUGCUCAGAAUGGAAAGUUAGAAAACAAUGCUCCCUUUUUUUAUGACUAUCACUUUAAUGAGAGCAAGUUAAAAGAACUUGAGCUUUUAUGUUCUAUGAAAGAGAUCCCUUGUGAUGGGAAUGAUCCAGAAAACAUGGUUUUCUCUCUGCGAGAGAAAUUUUUUCAAGAGGUGAACUCCCUAAUCUAUAAACCUUCCCACCCAAUGGCCAAGACCAAAACAUUGGUUAAAAGUCUGAUGAACAGAGCAGAGCUUCUAUUACAUGUGACUAUUGCUGCACAUACUGGUAUCACAAGAAGCAUAUCUGGCACGCCAACUGAACCUCCAGCUGGCAAAUCUAUCUCAGAAGCAAAAGUUAUAUCUCAAGCCAUGCGCCAACCUGUUUUCCUCAGAAGCAUGUCUGCCCCUUCUGACCUGGAAAUGAUUGGAAGUAGCGACUUAGAGUUCAGCAGGUCUAAUCCAAGGAGAAGGAACAUCACCAGCCACAGGAGCAGCUCAUUCUCUCUGCUUCAGUCUUUAGCUAUUGAAGACAGCAAGGAUAAACCAACAUACAGUGUGCUUCUAGGGCAACUGUUUGCCUUCAUUGGGACCAAUCCUGACCAAGCAGUGUCCAGUAGCAGCUUCCUACUGGCAGCUCAAACCAGAUGGCGCCGUGGUAAUACUCGCAAACAAGCCCUUGUACACAUGAGAGAAUUACUGACUGCUGCUGUUCGUGUUGGAGGUGUGACACAUUUGGUUGGACCAGUAACAAUGGUGCUACAAGGAGGACCAAGAAUUGAAGAGCUCACCUGUGGAGGAAUGGUGGAGCUUGUUCAAGAGGCUUUUGGAGAGACCAUGACCUCAGUGGUGUCUCUUUGUGCACGCUAUCCCAUUGCCUGUGCUAAUAGUAUUGGUCUAUUGUGCACUAUACCUUACACAAGGAGUGAAGAAAAGUGUUUAGUACGCAGUGGGCUAGUUCAGUUGAUGGACCGACUGUGUAGUUUAAGCAACCAGAGAGAGUCCAGCUCAAAUGAAAAGCAGACCAAGAAACAGAAAGUAGCAACUAUGGCAUGGGCAGCCUUUCAAGUAUUGGCCAAUAGAUGUGUAGAGUGGGAGAAAGAAGAAGGUGGGUCAACUGAGGCAGUCCACUCUGGUUUGGCUAGACAAGUCUCUACCCUCCUCACUAACCAUCUAGCUAGAGCUACAGAGUGCUGUGGAAACCAAGCUGCAGGGAAUGAUGCCCUACAGGAUGUGCUGAGUCUUCUUAAUGAUCUUUCUAGGAGUCAAAUAGGGAAGGCAAUUCUGAGCCAGCCUGCUUGUGUCUCCAAACUUCUUUCAUUGCUGCUGGACCAGCGUCCUUCCCCAAAACUUGUGCUCAUCAUUCUACAGCUCUGCCGCGCUGCACUUCCUCUCAUGAGUGUUGAAGACUGUGGAAAUGUAGAACUUCCUCCAUGGAGUUACUCUUUGCCAGCUCUGGACAAUGACCAGGAAGAUCCAAGUGACCCAUCCUCCAAAAUUGCAUCUUUGUUGCUAGCAAAGUUGGCUGAUUAUGUUGUUCCAGGAUGCCAGACAGUUCUUUCUCCUACUGCUUCUGAACCAGACAGCUCAUUGUCAAAAAACAGCCCGAAAAAUUCACAGAAAGGAGAUAAGGAUGCAGAAGAAGAGAGUGAAGCAGUAGAUGGCAAACUCUCCAUAUUUAUUCAUAAGCGAGAAGACCAGUCAUCCCAUGAAGUUCUUCAGCCUCUGCUUAGUAGUUCGGAGGGAAGGCCUUUUCGUCUUGGUACUGGGGCAAAUAUGGAAAAAGUAGUAAAGAUGGAUCGUGACAUGACUAAAAGUGGGUGUUGUGAAGUAAUCACAGAGGAGGCUGCAGCUGCUCUUCGCAAAGCCACAAAAUGGGCCCAGUCAGGUUUAAUUGUAAGCAUUGGACCACCAGUUGAAUCAGUUAGCCCUGAUGUAGCAAGUGGACUUUCCACUGGAGACAAGAAGAAAACUGCUCAGACCUCAAUCUGCAGGGAAAGGAAUUCUGAGCUUGCCAGGACUGAUCCUGUGCGUCCUUUCAUUAGUGGCCAUGUAGCAAACAGCAUGGCAGCAGAAGUAAUUGCUCUGCUUCACAGCCUGCUAAUGGCACCAGAAUCAAAUGCAGCCCAAAUCUGGACUACAACAGCAGAGAAGGUUCUGUCUCGUGCCCUGAUGUAUAUCCCACAGCUUGGCAAGUAUGCGGAAAGCAUCCUAGAAAAUGGCAGUGGUAAUGGCAGGAAACUGGCUAAGCUACAAGGCAUUGCAAGACAAGCCAUUGCUGCCUUAUGUGCACUUGGUGGAUUCAAAGAAACUAUUAAAAUAGGUUCUGAAGUCCAGGUGCUGGGUAAAGGCAUAGCUGGGAGCAUUGGAGUUGUUGUCUCUAUUAAUGAGCAAGAAGGUAUUGCAACAGUGAAAUUUCCAGACAUAGAUUUUAGAAAAUCAUCUAAGUCAUCUGACACACUGACAGUGCCAUUAUUUAGGCUCUGCGUUCCACGGUCAGAGGCAUUGCCUCUCCAUAAACUGUCCAUUACUGAGAAGGUAGUGCAGGCAGUCCAGUCCAUGUUACUUCCCCAGGAGGGCUGCCUAUCUAUUCAUACCUCGCUUCCUGCAACAGGAGAUGCCUCAACUCCAGUAAUGGCAGUGGUUCGACUUCUUGCAGAGAUCAGGACAAGAGCUUGUUUGGUGAUGGCUCAGCUGCUGGAGGACAGCUCCUUCUGUGAAGAAUUCAUACAACAAUGUCCAGCUGCUGUAGAAGUUCUAAACUUAGUGGCCCAGGAAUGCAGUCCUGGUGAGCGUCUCACCGUGGUGGAAGUUCAGUGCGCAAGACUGCGGAUGCUUUAUCGGGACUGUGCUCGCCCCCCACCACCUCCUUUGCAGGCAGAGCGCAGACAGCCCAAAGAAAUCACAUGGUCUCCUUCCAGGGUAUUUCCUCCUGUGAGAGCCUGUAUGUUUUCAUCACAUCUAACGACUGUAACGUUUCUGGCUGACCCAAGUGCUGGUGGGGGACUUCCUCGGGGUACAUUUAUAUAUGCAACAUCCCCUGUUCCAGUACAGGCACCGUCUUUUUACUGGGAAAUAGAAGUUGUUUCCUAUGGAGACACAGAUGAUGACACUGGCCCUAUUGCAUCAUUUGGGUUUGCUACAGAAGCAGAGAAGCGGGAUGGAGCAUGGACAAACCCAGUUGGUACCUGUUUGUUUCAUAACAAUGGCCGAGCUGUUCAUUAUAAUGGAUCAAGUCUCUUACAGUGGAAGAGUGUUCGAUUAGAUGUGACUGUUGCUCCUGGUGAUGUUGCCGGAAUAGGUUGGGAGAGAACUGAAGGUACUCCACCACCCCCAGGGCAGCCUGCCAAGGGCAGAGUCUACUUUACUUACUGUGGACAGAGGCUUGCUCCUUUCUUAGAGGAUGUUUCUGGGGGCAUGUGGCCAGUUGUGCAUAUUCAGAAAAAGAACACUAAAGUCCGUGCAAAUUUUGGAUGUCGGCAGUUUGCUUUUGCUGAGGGUCAGGCUCACCGCAAUGCUGCAGAUUUGUGCAUUGAUUUGGCUGAAGAGAUAAGUGCAAACUUUGAAGCCUUACCCUUUGCUAUGGCAUCCGACAGUGACAAUGAUGCUGGGACAAGCAUAGCUUCUGAUCCUGGAACUCAUGGACCUCCUUGCCGUAUUGCUGCAGUGUCUACUGUGCAACAGCAAUAUGACAGUGAUGCAUCAUGCCGUUACAAGGUAGAGUUGAGUUAUGAAAACUUUGUGACCUCUGGCCCUGAUCCACAUCCUCCACCGAUUGCAGAUGAUGAAAGUGAUGAUGAUGACGAUGAUGAUAUUCCUCGAGAGGAUCAUUAUGCUCUUUUGGUAAAAGCAUGGGAGACAAAAGUCUUUCCAACCAUUCGAAGGCGUUUCCGUAACGAGGCUGAGCGAAAGUCUGGGCUGGACCAGAUUAAGGGAGCUCUUCAGCUAGGAAUGGUGGAUAUUGCAAGGCAAACAGUAGAGUUCCUUUAUGAAGAAAAUGGUGGCAUUCCGAGAGAUCUCUAUCUUCCAACUAUUGAGGAUAUCAAGGAUGAGGCAAAUAAAUUCACCAUUGAUAAAGUUCGCAAAGGACUCACAGUGGUCAUUCGAUCUCCAGAUAGCAACAAUGUAGCUGGGACAACUGUAGGAACAGCUUUACCCAAAUUUGCCAUCCGUGGUAUGCUGAAGACAUUCUCUCUCCAUGGGGUGGUUCUGGAUGUGGAUUCAGUGAAUGAGCUUGUACAGGUAGAGACUUACCUGCGGAGCGAAGGGGUAUUAGUGAGAUACUGGUAUCCCAUAGAUAUGCUAGAAAGACCUCCUGCAGGAUACAGACGAAUGGCAACCAAUGGUCUGGUGACUUUAGACAGCACUAACAUUCAGAUUCAUAGAGAGCUGAUGCGGUGUGAAUCGGCACUUGCCAGGCUUUACUGUCGUGUUGCUUUACUUAACAUAUUUGCUCCAAAGUCCCCUCACACUUUCACUCGCCUGUUUCAUAUUCCUGCUAUCCGAGACAUUACGUUGGAGCAUUUACAGCUUCUGUCAAAUCAGCUCCUAAUGCCCCCCCUUCCAGAUGGAACCAUUACUUCCAGCUCUAUCCUUCUUGCCCAGUCUUUGCAACAUUGCAUCCACUCCCAGAACUGCUCCACAACAGAUUUGUUCUACCAGGGAAAUGCACAGCCAAUACGAGAGUGGCUUGGUGUGGCCAUAACCAGGGCCCUGCAUCAAGGAGAGGACAGUCUCUUGGAUCUGACAAAACAAAUCUGUUCAUUCUUGCAAAAUGCACCAGAACUGUUUCCAUCUGAAGAAAUUCCCAUCUCUGAAUCCAAGCUCAGUAUGGAUGUGAAUUUUCCUGGGGCAGCAUUUGUUGUUGUAUCUUGUAUAGAGAGCCCAUCUGGUUUUAGAAAAGACUCCUCCUUAUACAAAGCUCCCUGGUCUAGAGUCAUGGUCUAUGGUCUCGGCCAUAAAGUAAAGAGGAACGGACAGCUCAAUCUGAUAGAAUCUGUUUGUUAUCCACGUGAUGCCUCCCCGAGUAACACAGGCCUCACGCCACCACCAACCACCAACCAGUACCCAACAGCAAUUAUUCCCGCUGACAAGAUCCAUGUCAAGCUUGGUGUAUCUCCUAUUCCUGGUGCUGUGCUGGUCAUCCAUUUCCUACCUCUGGAGUUUCCAUUGGCAAUGGCAUUCACAGAACAGCUUUUAACAUGGAAGUUAGAGGACACUGAAGAGAAGUCAGAAGAUGAGCUUGAUACUGUUCCAUCCUCUGCGUUGUUGCAAGUGGUAGAACUGCUAGGAAAUUUAAUUUGGACAACAGACCUUGCCGCUGUAAUUAAGGAGCUUCUAUUCCAUCUGUUGGCUGAACUGCUGAGGAAAGUUCACCACCUAGAGCAAAAAAAGAACCCAAGUGGUUUAUCCUCCUCAAUAGCCCUGCAGUUGAACCCAUGUUUAGCUAUGCUUAUGGCUUUGCAGACAGAACUGCGCAAGCUGUAUGAUGAAGAAACCCAAAACUGGGCACCGGGAAAUGCAUGUGGGAGCUCUGUCCCUGGAGCCUGUGAGCAGGGAAGGUUUUCGACUUACUUUCAUGCCCUCAUGGAAGUGUGCCUGGCAGUAGCAGAAGUGACGCUCCCAAUUAACAUGAGCUCAGCAAUUAGUGUCAUGACAUCUACAAAUGCCACUAAUCUGAGUGACUCUUCUUCUUCCUCUUCAUCUUCCCCUGGACAGACUCCCCAAAGUCCAAGUCUACUAUCAAAGAGAAAGAAAGUUAAGAUCAAACGUGAGAAGGCUGCAUGUGGAAAACGUACAUCUUCACGUGGAGCAGAGAGUGAUGCUGCUUUGCUAACCAUUGGAGGCAGCAAACCCGAGGACAUGCUGUGGUUCCAUAGGGCACUCACUUUAUUAAUGAUCCUAAGGCAUCUAACAGCAAAGGAUCCACAAGGGAUGGGUGUCACAAAUGAUGCUAUUGCUGAUGCUAGUCAGGCUUUAGUUGGUCCCACAGCUCACGGCCGUCUGCUUGUGAUUUCUGGCAUCCCCACACAUCUAGAAGAAUCAAUUGUCAGAAGUGCAAUUCGAAAGGCAUGUAAUGCUCAUGGUGGGGUCUUUAAAGAUGAAAUCUACAUUCCUUUGCAGGAAACUGAAACCCCCAAACCCAAAGAUAGAAUAGAAGGGGCAGAAUGCAAGAUGGAAAUAGAAAAACCCUCUCCCCAGCUGACCAUUGACAAUGUGGAUAUCAGCAGCUCAAGCAGUGUGACUCCUGCAGCAAGUGUCACUGCAUCAGCUUCUACAAGCCAAGCCUCAUUGUGCAGCUCCCAAGAGGUAUCGCGAACCACAAGUGAGACCUCUAUGGAGCAGUUUGCCCCAGAACAUACUGUGCCAUCAGGGCUUCUGGAACCAACUGUUAUCUCAAGCCAGGAAAGUUUGGAUCUUUCUAUCUGCAGCACAGGAAGCCUUGGAAGUCUGGGAAGUCUUGUUGAACAGCUUGAUAAUGUUGAAAACUCUUUGUCUGAUGCAGGCUCCCUAUACACAGCUAAAUCACUAGAUAACCAUAUGGCAGUGUCUCGGCCAAUCAAAGGAUUUGCAGUUGUAGAGGUGCGAUCACGAGCUAAAAUAGAGAAAAUCCGUGCCACUCUGUUUAACAGUAGUGACCUCAUUGGGUUAUCAGGUUUGGAUGGUGAAGGGGAGCUAAUGGAAAUGUCUACUGAAGAGAUCUUGACUGUUUCAACUGUGAAUCAGAGCUUGUUUGAUACCCAAGGAAUCCCUGGGCUGGCAGAUUAUUUCCUGGAUAAAUCAAUGAAAGGUGAUAAAUUAGUUCCUGAAGCUCGUGAUGUGCUGACUGAAAUUUUCAAGAGCUGCAUUCACGCUGAGCAGAUGCUGAGUCUGACUCCUGCCAAGUUUAUCAAAGUGUCGGAUAUCUACCUCAGCAAGGAGCAGAUCAAUUCUCAGACCCCAGGGAAUUUACUGCAUACCUUUUUCACCAAUGUGCGGCCACCUAAAAAAGUCCUGGAAGAUCAACUGACUCAGAUCUUAAGGAAAUAUGGAAUUCCCAAGCCCAAAUUUGACAAAAGCAAAUACAGCAAAACUGGGAAGGAGCAGCAUCCUGUAAAAGUUGUAAGCACCAAAAGACCAGUGGGCAAACCACCAACCAAAGACAAAGCUCUAUUGAACAGUGUCAGGACUGCUUUAAGUGAAAAGAAACCAACCGUGAAACCAAAAUCUCCAGAGAAGGGCAGACCAGAUGAGAAGGACCCAGACAAAUCUCCUACAAAGAAGCAAGAAAUUCCAGAGGAGAGAUUUCUGACAUUGGAUGGUUUUCACCGCUUUGUAGUAGAUCGGGCUAAGCAAGACAUCCGAAGCAUCUGGAGAGCUAUCUUGGCCUGCGGAUACGAUCUUCAUUAUGAAAGGUGUGCCUGCAUCGAUACAAGACAUGCUCAAAAAUCUAGCAGAAAAUGGACCUUGGAAAUGGAUGUUGCUCUUGUUCAGUAUAUCAACCGCCUUUGCCGUCACCUUGCCAUAACGCCAGCCCGACUACACCCCCAUGAGGUUUAUCUGGAUCUUGCAGAUACUGCUGACCCCAGAGUCUCUUGCCUGCUGAAUGUACCUAUAGAAAGUCUACGCCUCCGAUUUGCUCUUCUUCAGUCACUAAACACUACUCUAGAGACCUUUUUCCUGCCCCUAGUGGAGUUACGGCAAACGGACAUGUACAUGCACAGCAUUGCAUCCUUACUCCAGCUAGCUAAAGGAUUAAUCUUUUAUGAUACAAAAGUGAGUGUGAUGAACCAGGUAUUAAACGCUACAGUGCAGAGGACAGCAGAUCAUGCAGCCCCAGAGAUCACGCUGGACCCAUUAGAAAUUGUAGGAGGAGAAAUACGUAUCUCAGAAAACUCGUACUUUUGCCAGGCAGCCCGACAGUUGGCGUGCAUCCCUUCCUCACAACUGUGUGUCAAGUUAGCAAGUGGGGGGGACCCCACGUAUGCGUUUAACAUCCGCUUUACUGGAGAGGAGGUGCAUGGCACAAGUGGCUCAUUCCGUCAUUUUCUCUGGCAAGUGUGUAAAGAACUCCAGAGCUCCUCACUGUCCCUUCUGCUGCUCUGCCCCAGCUCUGCGGUUAAUAAGAACAAGGGAAAAUACCUUCUAACUCCCAGUCCCAUAACAUAUGCAGAAGAGCAGUUGCUCCAUUUCUUUGGCCAGCUGCUGGGUAUAGCUAUUAGAGCCGAUGUUCCACUUCCUCUGGAUCUGCUUCCCUGCUUCUGGAAGAUGCUCAUAGGAGAACCUUUGGACCCUGAAACUGAUCUAUAUGAAGCAGAUAUACUCACCCACAACUACAUUAAGAAGUUUGAAAAUGUAAAUGAUGAGGCAGAGCUGGAAACUCUUUGUGCUGAAAUUGCCUCUCAGCAUCUUCCAACUGAAAGUCCAGAUUCUCCUUAUAAACCAGCCUGCAAUUUUACAUACGUGACAAUGACUGGAGAAGAAGUGGAACUGUGCCCUAAGGGAAGACACAUUUCUGUAGUCUGGGAAAACAAAGAUAUAUAUGCGAUGGGAAUCCGUAACCUUCGCAUGCAUGAGUUGAAGAACCAGGAGUGUAUGAGUGCAGUAAGAGCUGGUCUGGGCUCCAUCAUUCCUCUGCAGCUCCUCACCACUCUGUCUUCUCUUGAGAUGGAGCUAAGGACCUGUGGCCUACCGUAUAUUAAUUUGGAAUUCUUAAAGGCUCACACCAUGUAUCAAGUGGGUCUGAUGGAGACAGACCAGCACAUUGAGUAUUUUUGGUCUGCCUUAGAAAUGUUCACUCAGGAAGAACUUUGCAAAUUCAUAAAAUUCGCCUGCAAUCAGGAACGCAUUCCCUUUACAUGCCCAUGUAAAGAUGGUGGGCCGGACACAGCUCAUGUCCCACCUUAUCCUAUGAAAAUAGCACCACCUGAUGGAGCAACAGGCUCUCCAGACUCCAGGUACAUCCGAGUGGAGACAUGUAUGUUCAUGAUCAAACUUCCACAAUACUCCUCUCUAGAGAUGAUGUUGGAGAAACUGAGAUACGCCAUUCACUACAGGGAAGACCCACUCAGCGGCUGAUUUCUACCUUUCCAGCAGAAGAGAAAAGGAAAGUCCAGAUGCAGCUCAGCUGGGACCCUUCAUUGCUCAUAAACAGAAAUCAUUACUUAGCCACAUGGGCAGAACUUGGAGAAAUCCUAUCCAGUUUUUUUUUUUUGUUCCCCUUUGGUUUUUGUUUUGCCCGCACACUUAUCUUUUGUAUUUGUCAAGUCUUUGGUGGGUUACUUGCCUUGUCUGUGAAUUGUUUGUAGAGUACAUGUAGUAUUGGUUGGUUGUGUGAUGAUGAGCACCCUUUACAUGCUGAAGGAGAACCCGGCAUCUAAGAGUUUACUAAGUAAUUACUCUGGCUGGGGAACAAAGGACUGUGGGGAAGAAUGGGGUUCAUGUAUAUAGGAUUACAUCUUUCAGUAUACAUAUAAAUUAUUUCCAGAGAUGUAAUACACUGGAUAAAGAGCUGUGAAGAUAAUUGUUAUAUUUUUAUUUGAAUUGUUACAAAAGAGAAUAAUGAUUAAUUUAUGAGGGUUGUUAAAAGCACUGGAUUGUGUUGAUUUCAGACACUCCCAUAUUUCCAUCAGCUCAAAGGAAUUCCUAAAGAACUUGCUACUGACUUUUCUCACUAUUUAGGAAGACAUUGAUGAGAUGCACAUUUUUGUAAAGAAAAGUAUUUUAUUUUUUAUUUUUUGGUUUUGUUCUCAGAUUUACUGUUCAGCUCAGUCAUUCAUUCAGGCUGUAUUGGGUCCAGUAGAUAGAGAAAUGCAUUUUUUUUGCCAGCAGAAUUCACUGAAGAACUUGAAUUUGUGGCCUUACAUUGACGAUUGUAUGGUGUUGCUCACACAAGUAAAUGGCCGAUGUGCUGUAUCCACAUCAAGGGCUCUGAGCAUAAACACUAUGAUGUGGAUCAUUUAUGGCAACUCUUGUGCAGACAGGUAUGGGAAGCAGCCCAGGAGCUAAGUGGUACACAGUCCAUUUCUGUGACUAGCCAGAACACUCAGAGUAGAGGAGGAAUGUCAACUUGCUGCAAAGUAAAUCAAGUGGCAUCUUGGUGGUCUAUGAUUGCCAUAGUUCCUAUGCUUUUAUUCCUCUGAUACUUACAAUUCUACACUAGCCAUUCUAUUCUCAACAUUUCCUAACACCCAUCCACAUAACCUUUGAAGAUACAAUUGCAGAGAGAACGUUUGCAAAAUCAAUUGAUAAUUCCAUUGGGAUGGGACCAUUGACUCAGACUGCAAUCUCAGUCCGUCAGUUCCAGCAAAGAGGGUGCGCGUGCAUGCAACACAAAUCAAACCAAUAACCAAAUGAAAACGUAGCGACGUUACACAUAACCAGAGAUGUUCUGCAUCACAAUCUGUCAUGGGAAUGUCUGCAGAUGGGCCAAGUGGAAGUGUGAGGCUUUAAAAUUAAGAAUUGCCUGUAGCGUCGCAUUUGCUUUGCAGUGAAUGCAGCUUUUUGCAAUGGAUAGGUUUUGAUUGGCUACAGGUACAAGACAAACUUCUUCUCAAGUGGUAAUAAUUGUGAUCCACAUGUCUAUUGGCUCAUGGGUCCUAACUGGUACAUCUUGUUUCCAGCACAGCAAUAUUUGCUUCUUGUUAUCCCAAGACCCAGAAUCCAAACAGCAAUAUGCUUCAGGACAUUUAAAAUGUGUUCCAUGAGAACCUGACACGCCGCAAAGACAUUAUCAAAGGCCUGCAGGUAAUAAGUCAUAAGAAAUUAGCUUUUUUAGCAUUAGCAAUGUCUUCUUUAAGGACUUUCUCCUGUGUCCUUCUGCUAAAUGCAUUAGCACGAGUGGCUUCAGUAAAUGUCCUAUCAAGCCACCGUGUAGGAUUCCUUCUGUGAAGGCCUGUUGCUGAUUGGUCGGCUUGUGAGCUGCUGUGUAGGACAGGAUGUAACAAACUGCAGGUAUCGAGAAAAGGGCAAACUACCCAUGGAUAUGCUUGCUGCCAAUCCCUUUUACUUUGUGUACUAUUUUACCUGCACAUCAAUAAGCUUGCUCUGAAAACACAUCUGAUGUUGUUUCUUUGAUGAUUUUUGUAUUUUGUUUGAAGGCUACCCAGGUAAAAUGUGUGUUAGGACAUAGGAAUUCAAGUCUCCAUGCAAUGGAACAAACUGCUGCCUCUGCAUUGUGAUGUUGGAGAGAAGUGCGCUCCCUUGUAUUUUAAUAUUUCUCUUCUGAGGGAACGAGUGGGGAACAAACAGAUAUGAAAUGAGGACUCACUAGUUAGGAAUUCUUGGCAGCUCGGCAUCAAUUUGAUUUUUUUUUUUGUAGAAAAAUCCCGUUUCCUGUGUUGGCAAUGUCCUAAAACUGAUUUUAUUUCAACUGAAAAUAUUUCUGGGAAAUGUUUGUUUAUUGCAAAAGCCGCCAGAGGUGCCGGACAUGGUGUGCUUCUUUUAGCUUUUAGCAGCCUUCUAGGGGGCGCCUAUUCUCUAAUUUGCCAAAGGCUUUGAGUCUUGUUGAGAGUGGCUACCAAAAACUGCAGAGACAUAAGGCUUUGAGUCUUGUUAGAGAGGCUACCAAACUGCAGAGACAUGAGGCUUUCAGUCUGUUAGAGAGGCUACCAAAACUUCAGAGACACAAGGCUUUCGCUGCCUGGUUAAUAAAUGGCGCCCGGAGGAAAAGGCGCCGCAGGAGAACCACAUAUAGCCCCUUUAGUCAAUUGGUUAAGAGCAACAUAUCUACAUUUUGGCCCUAAAAGUGUGCUGUACAGUUGAUGUAUAUUUAUUACAGUUAUCCAUAGUUGCUUUAAACUAAACCUUUUACUCAAUGCAGUUUCUCUUGUCUGUAUUGGUAUUUAACACACUGCUGUGUAAAUGAAGCGAACUAAAUAAGGACAAAUGUGUCACAAGAAAAAGAAUUAAAAAAAAAAUUGAUUUGAAUGUCA